AACACAAAUUGUUAUUUCUAUUCACUUCAUUACAAUUUCGUUUCUUUCUAUUCUAUAGUGACAACAAUAAUGACCACCGCUACCUACCUCCUCUUCCUUCUUCCAAUUCUCAUAACCACCAUCACCACCACCCCAUAUCUGGUAGCCGCCGGUAAUGGUCAAUGGCAAGUACUACAAAAAAGCAUCGGCAUUGUAGCCAUGCACAUGCAACUUCUUCACAACGAUCGCAUUGUCAUAUUUGAUCGUACUGACUUUGGCUUAUCCAAACUCCCUUUACCUAACGGAAAGUGUCGUCAUGACCCCAGAGAAACCACCGUUAAAACCGAUUGCACGGCUCAUUCGGUCGAAUAUAACAUCAAAUCCAACACUUUCCGUCCAUUGUUUGUUCAAACCGACGUUUGGUGUUCAUCCGGUAGUGUGAAUCCUAAAGGAACACUUGUCCAAACCGGAGGCUACAAUGACGGAGACCGAACUAUUCGUAUGUUCGAUACUUGUAACAACUGUGAUUGGCAGGAAUUUGACGGCGGACUUGCUGCUCGGAGAUGGUAUGCCACCAAUCAUAUUCUGCCCGACGGACGUCAAAUUAUCAUUGGCGGUAGAAAACAAUUUAACUAUGAAUUUUACCCUAAAAACAACAUUGGUGUAUAUCGUUUGCCGUUUUUGGAACAGACUAAUGAUGCUGGUGCAGAGAAUAAUUUGUAUCCAUUUGUUAUUCUCAAUGUGGAUGGCAACCUCUUCAUCUUUGCUAACAACAGAGCUAUCCUCUUUGAUUAUACUAAGAAUGUAGUGGUGAGAACAUUUCCUCAAAUCCCAGGUGGGGACCCUAGGAGUUAUCCAAGCUCAGGUUCAGGGGUACUAUUGCCAUUGAAGAAUCUACAAUCAAAGUUUAUAGAAGCUGAGGUUUUGAUUUGUGGUGGAGCUCCAAAAGGAUCUUAUCAAAAAGCAUCAAAGCGUGAGUUUCUUGGAGCUUUGAAUACUUGUGCCCGAAUCAAAAUAACCGACCCAAAUCCAACAUGGGUUGUGGAGACCAUGCCUAGGGCUAGAGUAAUGGGUGACAUGGUAAUGCUCCCAAAUGGGGAUGUUUUGAUAAUUAAUGGAGCGGGUUCAGGGACGGCGGGGUGGGAAUACGGACGAGACCCAGUUCUAAAUCCGGUUCUUUACAAAACUAAUAACCCAAUAGGAGCACGAUUUGAAUUACAAAACCCAUCUCAUACACCUCGAAUGUAUCAUUCCACUGCAAUUUUGGUUCGUGAUGGUAGGGUUCUUGUUGGUGGUAGCAACCCUCACAUUGGUUACAAUUUUAACAAUGUGUUGUUUCCAACUGAACUUAGUAUCGAAGCUUUUUCUCCUUCUUACCUUGAACCUCGCUUCGCGAAUGUUCGUCCAAGGAUUGUGGCUUCUACUUCGGAAUUGCAAAAGCACGGUCAAAAGUUGGGAUUGCGAUUUCAAGUAAAAGCAGCAUUGGAUAAGAAUUUGGUAUAUGUUACGAUGUUGGCACCACCUUUUAACACACACUCAUUCUCCAUGAAUCAGAGGUUGUUGGUGUUGGAGUCAAACAAAGUGAAUAUUGUGGAGGGAACAACGUAUGAUGUUCAGGUUACUAUGCCGGGUUCACCUAUUCUUGCGCCUCCUGGAUUUUAUCUACUAUUUGUGGUUCAUAAAGAAAUUCCUAGUGAAGGAAUUUGGAUACAAAUACUUUAAUUUUCAAAUGCAACUGUGUGGUAAAUAAUAAAUUUGCUUUUAUAUUAUCAAAGAAAGUUUGUUUAUUACCCUCUCUAAUCUCUGUUAUGAGAAUUUUUUUAGAGAUUUAUUUGAUCUCAUAUACAAAAGAAGUGUAUGUUGUUAAAUGCUUCCUCUAAAAAAAAUUGUUGCUUAAUGCUUGGUUUA